UCGAUUGCUCUCCUUUGCUGUCUGGUGGAGUCGAUCCCAGAUAUCCACUCGCCGCUGAUGCAACACAUUGACAGGUUCCACUCGGUUUAUACAUCGACCUCAAGUGUUAAUUAAGACAUUAACUCUAAGGAGCGAGGCACCAUGGGAGAACAGCUGAGCCCAGAUGAGAAGCUUCACCUCAUCACUAGGAACCUUCAGGAGGUGCUUGGAGAAGAGAAGAUAAAGCAGGUCCUGUCAGAGAGGGAACUGAAGGUGUACUGGGGAACUGCCACCACAGGAAAACCCCAUGUUGCCUACUUCGUCCCCAUGUCCAAGAUUGCGGACUUCCUCAAGGCAGGGUGUGAGGUGACCAUCCUGUUUGCAGACCUGCACGCGUUCCUGGACAACAUGAAGGCUCCCUGGGAGCUGCUGGAGCUGAGGGUCCAGUACUACGAGCAGGUGAUCAAGGCCAUGUUGGAGAGUAUCGGGGUGCCGUUGGACAAACUCAAGUUCAUCAAAGGGACAGACUUCCAACUCAGCAGAGAGUACACUCUGGACGUGUAUCGUCUGUCGUCCAUGGUAACGGAACAUGAUGCUAAGAAGGCUGGAGCCGAGGUGGUUAAACAGGUGGACCACCCUCUACUCAGUGGUCUGCUCUACCCGGGACUACAGGCUCUGGAUGAGGAGUAUCUGAAAGUUGAUGCCCAGUUUGGGGGAGUCGAUCAGAGGAAGAUCUUCACCCUGGCUGAGAAGUACCUGCCCUCUCUGGGCUAUGCUAAGCGGUCCCAUCUGAUGAACCCCAUGGUACCAGGACUGACUGGAGCUAAGAUGAGUUCUUCAGAGGAGGAGUCUAAGAUUGACCUCCUGGACAGGAAGGAAGAUGUGAAGAAGAAGCUGAAGAAGGCUUUCUGUGAGCCGGGCAACAUUGAGAACAACGGAGUCCUCUCAUUUGUUAAACAUGUCCUCUUCCCACUCGUAGGAGAGUUCUCCAUCAAAAGAGACCCCAAGUUCGGAGGAGACAAAACCUACACAGACUUUGAGGAAGUGGAGAAAGAAUUUGGCGAAGAGCUGAUCCAUCCAGGUGACCUGAAGGCGGGCGUGGAGGUGGCCCUUAACAAGCUGCUCGACCCAAUCAGGAAGAAGUUUGAGUCUCCAGAGCUUCGUAAACUCUCCAGCACGGCCUAUCCAGACCCGUCAAAGAACAAGGGAGCAGGGAAGGGGAACCCUAAAGUAGCAGAAGAGGAUGAGCUGGUUCCCUCCAGACUGGACAUCAGGGUGGGCAAGGUCAUCAGUGUGGAGAAGCAUCCAGAUGCUGAUUCGCUGUACCUGGAGAAGAUAGACGUCGGAGAGGCGGAGCCAAGGACGGUGGUGAGCGGCCUGGUGGCCUACGUUUCCCAGGAGGCCUUGCAGGACAGGCUGGUGUUGUUGCUAUGCAACCUGAAGCCCCAGAAGAUGAGGGGGGUAGAGUCCCAAGCCAUGCUGCUCUGUGCCUCCAUUGAGGGGGAUCCCAGAAGAGUGGAGCCUCUUGACCCCCCUGAGGGGUCGUCACCCGGGGAACGGGUGUUCGUUGAGGGGUACGAGACGGGCAAGCCAGACGACAAACUAAACCCAAAGAAAAAGCUGUGGGAGAAACUACAGGUGGACCUGAAGGUGUCAGGACAGUGUGUAGCCCAGUGGCAGGACAAACACCUGAUGACCAAACUGGGACACAUCACCUGUAAAACACUGAAGGGAGGCAACAUCAGCUAAGAGACACACUGUCAAUCCCUUGAUGCGCUCUCUACUUGCCCAGCUUACCUUCCCCAGAGAACCUCCACACACGUCACCACGGCAACGUCACUCUCUCUUCCUGACCGGAGAACUAAUCAUUCAUAUUAAUAAUAAUACCUUGAUCAAUCUAACGUGGCGAUCUGGGUUUAAAUAAAACGGUCUUAUUUACUAUCGAUAUUUCUGCUGUGUUUUCCCCUCCUGAUGUUUAAGUAAUCGUAUGGCUCUGUAAUUCUUGAAGUUAUUGUCUAUCUCCGUCCGGUGCCCUCUGUUUUUAUACACAUAGUUUCAUGUGGUCUGGGGAAAUUCUUUGAGGAAAAUACGGAACGACGUUGGUCGUGACCUAUUAACCUAGAGAGACACGUCGGCGAGUCAUCAACAGUCUCUACUGUCUCUAACCAUGUCUUAGAUCAUUCACCUAGGACCUAUCCUUUAGUGCCGAAAUCUAUUGCGUUGGGAUGAGAAUGCUAGUGGGAUGUGAUAACGGUUGAAUCGGCAGGUUAUACCGGUCCUUUCCUGUGGAAACGCUGUCAUUGCUCUUAUGUCAUCAUCAUCAUCAUCAUCUGGAAAUGAAAUAAACUGGUUGAAUUCA